AUGACAAUCCUCUCUGAGCCCAGCUUCCUUGUCGGCGGCAUUCGUCGGUGGAACUUUGGAGAUUAUCUGAUUCUCUGUCUCAGUCCUAAAGCUGAUUUGGUUCCUCGAUUGUCCCCCUUCCUCUAUGAUCCUCUCUCUGUCAUACCAAAGGACCAGGUUAUCAGUGAGGGUGACCCAAUGGAGACAUUCACAAUCAUCAAUCCCAAACCAGUCGACGACCUCUGGCUGUACACCGCGCUCUCAAUCUCCGUCGAUUGGAAGUCUACGCUAUCACCGGAACAAAUUCUCGCGCAAUCGGCAGAAUUCAGCCAGAUGACUGUGGACUUUGAGGUUGAAUUCGACUCUGUUGCCGGAAAUUUUGUCUGCUGUGGCUUAGUAGACGGUCACUGCUGCUCAACCGCGACUGCUGUUAAUGUAGUUAUUGCAAGGGCAAAUGCUGCUCACCGUCUCCUGGAGUAUCUACAAAAGACCCAGCCAGUUGUUGGCCUCCUUCUCCCCCCACCAGAACCCGACGACGAGCCCUACGUGUCACAGGAAGAUUUGAUGCACCCUCUGUGGGGUCUCACAGAGGCAACGAUUGUUGAUAGCCUCAUGUGGGGCAAGGAGGAGCGUCAAUUCGCCCUGCCCAUCGAACACCUGGAAGCUCACUGCGAAGUUCCGCCACUUCCCAAUUCGAGUACAUCCGACGAAACUGCAAAUAGUGAAUUUGGUGGCUGCUUCCCGUCCCAAGAGGUUCUUGAGCACUACAUUCAGGCUUACGCCGCUUCCGCGGUUGUCACUCCCUUG